AUGUAUGCCGGUGUUGUCCCAGUAUCCAUGAGACAGGCUGCAAACCAGGCUGUUCGUCUUGGAUCCUACAAUGCUAUCAAAACAAUGGUUCAGCUGGCCUCUGGAAAGAAGGCUAACGAACCCCUUUCCUCCGCUGCUACCUUUGCUGUGGGUUCUUUUGCUGGUAUUAUUACCGUGUACUCAACCAUGCCUAUUGACACUGUGAAGACCCGUAUGCAAGCUUUGGGCGCUGAAAAGCAGUAUUCAUCAACACUCAAUUGUUUUGCCAAAAUCUUUAAGGAGGAAGGGUUGCUUACCUUCUGGAAAGGAGCAACGCCUCGUUUGGGUCGUCUUGUUUUGAGUGGAGGUAUAGUGUUUACUAUCUACGAGAAGAUGCUUGUGAUCAUGGGCUAA